GGGGAGACUGUUGCCUGAGGUCUUACACAAAUACACUUAGCGCAUCACGUGGAAACAAGGCUAACCUUGUGACAAUCUGUGCUGACUGGGUAGCCGUGCUUUUAAGUUACCCCGCCCCAUUCUACUUACUAUUGUGAAGCUUCAACGCCAACAUGCAUCUGCCAAAUGCAUCCCCCAAAUGCAUCCCCCAAACGCAUCCCCCAAACGCAUCCCCCAAACGCAUCCCCCAAACUCUCAAAUGCAUCUCUCAAACGCAUCCCCCAAAGCACAUCUCUCAAAUGCAUCUCCCAAAUAUAUCAUCUCCCAAAUACAUCAUCUCCCAAAUACAUCAUCUCCCAAAUACAUCAUCUCCCAAAUACAUCAUCUCCCAAAUACAUCAUCUCCCAAAUACAUCAUCUCCCAAAUACAUCAUCUCCCAAAUACAUCAUCUCCCAAAUACAUCAUCUCCCAAAUACAUCAUCUCCCAAAUACAUCAUCUCCCAAAUACAUCAUCUCCCAAAUACAUCAUCUCCCAAAUACAUCAUCUCCCAAAUACAUCAUCUCCCAAAUACAUCAUCUCCCAAAUACAUCAUCUCCCAAAUACAUCAUCUCCCAAAUACAUCUCUCAAAUGCAUCCCCUAAAGCCACAUCCCAGACUAUCAUGCCCAAGUCCAUCACCGGAAGCAUGCAAAACCUUGCUCAAAGAGCGGGUCGAACCCUGGCCUUAUUCGGAUAGACCCGCCUUCGGCUUCCUGACGACGAAGAGAGGGCAUUGGCGGAUUUGUGCCUACGCAUGUCUGCGCAUGCAGAUUACUUUACAAGCAGACGUGCCUACUGCGUAGACGGAAUCGAGCUCAGGCAGUUGUGUAUUUGCACAGUAUCGCACAAGCAGACUUGCACAGGCAGGACAGGGCUUACGUUGACGUGCGUACGCGGAAUCGUGCCUACAAGUAAGCAAACGUGAAUUGGCACAAUUUGCACAAGCAAACUUGAGGUGUCGCAGACAAAAUCAAGUUGAGGGUUUUGCGUGACAUCGUUGCACUUGCGACCGAGGACCUCUCCGCUU